AUGAACGACAGACCGGACACGGCCGCGAUCAGGGACGGGCUUGGCGGAGGCGUCAUCGCGGUUCUGCGGCGCAUCCUGUCGGAAAACGGCCGCGCCUAUGCGUGGCACUACGCAAUCACCAUCGUGUGCCUCGUCCUGAUCGGCAUGACCACGGCGUUCGUCGCCUGGAUCACGCGCGACGUGGUCGACGAAAUCUUCGUGCGCCAGCGCGGCGAUUUGAUCAUCAUAAUUACGGGCACGGUGAUCGGCGUCUUCCUUUUGCGCGGCAUCGCCAUGUAUGUUCAGGCGGUGGUUCUGGCACGCAUCGGCAACGAUCUGGUCGCGCGCUACCAGAGCCGGGUCUUCGACAAGUUGAUGAAGCUUGGCAUCGGCUAUUUCACCGAAGCGCGCUCGGGCCAUCUGUCGGCCCGCAUCGCCGAGAACGUCAACGGUAUCCGCGACGUGCUGUCGCUGACGCUCACAGCGCUGGGCCGCGACCUGAUCUCGCUGAUCGGCCUUCUGGUCGUCAUGGUGACGAUGGACCCGAUGCUGUCGCUGAUCGUCUUUUCGGUCGCGCCGAUCCUGAUCCUGGCCGUUGCCUGGGUGUCGGCCCGCAUUCGAAACGUGGUGCGCGAAACGGUCGAACUGAAUGCGCGCGUUGUCGGCACGAUGCAGGAAGCGGUACAGGGCAUCACGGUGGUCAAGGCGUUCACCAUGGAAGAGCGGCUGGGCGCGCGCAUCGGUGCGAUUAUCGACGAUGCAAGGUCGAAGGCCGACCGGCUCGCCGGCAUCAUCGAGCGGGUCAAUCCGGCAGCGGAGGUCUUUGCCGGGCUCGCCGUCGCCGGCGUGAUCGCCUAUGCGGGCCUGCGAGCGGUCAAUGAAGGCCAGCCGCCGGGCGCGACAUUCGCCUUCAUCACGGCGCUGCUUCUGGCCGCCGACCCGGCACGGCGCCUCGGCCAGCUCAAGGUCAAUCUCGAAAAGUCGAUGGUCAAUGCGCGGAUGAUCUACGAGAUCCUCGACAUGCCGGAACGCCAAAGCGACCGCGCCGAUGCAGCACCGCUGACGAUCACCGAAGGCGGCGUGCGGUUCGAGGAUGUCGACUUUGCCUAUGGCGAUGGCACCAAGGUGCUGCAUGGGCUGACAUUCGCCGCCCCGGCGCACAAGACGACGGCCAUUGUCGGCCCGUCGGGCGCCGGCAAGACGACGAUCAUCGCCCUGUUGCAGCGUUUCUACGACAUCGAUGCCGGGCGGAUCGAGAUCGACGGCCAGGACAUUGCCGGCGUGACGCUUUCCUCGCUGCGCGGCCAGAUGGCGUUCGUCUCGCAGCAGCCCUAUCUGUUCGAGGGCACGAUCCGCCAGAACAUCGGCUAUGGGCGGCCCGAUGCCACAGACGCCGAAAUCGAGGCGGCGGCGCGGCAGGCCAAUGCGCACGACUUCAUCAUGGAACAGGCGCAGGGCUAUGACACGCCGGUGGGCGAGAAUGGCGUGACCCUGUCCGGCGGCCAGCGCCAGCGCAUCUCGAUUGCCCGCGCGAUCGUGCGCGACGCGCCGAUCCUGCUGCUCGACGAGGCGACCUCGGCGCUCGACAACGAAUCCGAGAAGCUGGUCCAGCAGGCGCUCGAAGACGUGAUGGCGGGGCGGACCACGAUCGUCAUUGCGCACCGGCUUUCGACGAUCGUCUCCGCCGACCGGAUCGUCGUCAUGGACAAAGGGGAGGUGGUCGAGACCGGCACUCAUGCCGAACUUGCCAGCCGGAAGGGUGGCCUCUAUGCCAAGCUGAACAUGCUCGGCGCCGGGACCGAUCCCGAUGCCGCCGAGCCGAUAAUGGAGACGGAUGCGUGA